UGCGUUAGUGUGCCGUUGAAGUUGGGGGGCAGGGGCAGGGGCGGGGGGAGAGGAAACGCGCGCGCCAAAACCUCUGCCUUCUACGUUGAUCGUGAGCGACCAUAGUCCGGCUUCUGCUGCGUAUUGAAUAUGAGAGCGGCAGGACAACUAAACGAUCUCAGGCAACCUCUUCUCCUGCUCAAGAGGACGAUCUCUUCUCCUUGCUCUUCUCCUUCUCCUUCUCCUUCUCCUUCUCCUUCUUAUUAUUCUUCUUCGUCUGUAGCGACCCACUUCACUAAGCACCACAUCCAGAGAAGUUUUUUCAAAUCGGAAGGUCGUGAGGAUAGGCUCAUAAACCGCCUCUGUAGGGAGGAGAAAUUCCAGGAAGCCAUAAGCAUAUUAUGCGAACAAAAGCGUUUGAGAGAUGCUAUUCAAAUUCUAGACCGUAUUGAUCGCCCCUCUUCUGCUCUAUACUCCACCCUUUUACAACUUUGUCUUCAACAGCGAGCUCUCGUGGCGGGAAAAAGAGUCCAUGCUCAUACGAAGGCUUCUGGGUUCGCACCUGGGCCUUUCAUCUCCAAUCGCAUCAUGGACAUGUAUGUGAAAUGCGGUAGCCUCGUGGAUGCGCAGAAGGUAUUUGAUGAAAUGACUGCGAGGGAUCUGUGCUCUUGGAAUACCAUGAUAGUGGGAUACACGAAGGCUGGGCAACUUGAGGAGGCUUGCAAGUUGUUCGAUAAAAUGCCGGAAAGGGAUAAUUUCUCUUGGACGGCAAUGAUAUCUGGUUUUGUUCGCCAUGGCCAGCCAAAAAAGGCUCUGGACUUGUAUAGCGCAAUGCAAAGGGAUGGAAACUCAACGUGCAACAAGUUCACUGUUUCGAGCAUUCUCGCUGCCUCUGCUGCCAUUCAGUCUUUGCGUCUUGGGAAGGAGAUUCAUGGUUAUAUAAUCCGAACUGGGCUUGAUUCAGAUGCUAUCGUUUGGAGUGCUUUGUUAGACAUGUAUGGGAAAUGUGGGAACACAGAGGAGGCUCGGCGCAUAUUCAACAGGAUGUUCGAUAGAGAUGUUGUCACAUGGACUGCAAUGAUUGAUAGAUACUUUAAGGAUGGGAGGAGGGAUGAAGGAUUUGCAUUGUUCAUGGAUUUGAUGAGUUCAGGGAUUAGGCCUAAUGAGUUCACAUUUGCUGGGAUUCUUAAUGCCUGUGCAGAUCAUGCUUGCGAGGGUCUAGGGAAGCAGGUUCAUGGGUACAUGAUGCGGAUUGGAUUUGACCCGUUAUCAUUUGCAGCUAGUGCACUUGUACAUAUGUAUUCAAAGUGUGGUAAUAUUAAGAAUGCAAGAAGGGUUUUUAAAGGGAUGCCCCGACCAGAUUUAGCCUCAUGGACUUCUCUGAUUACUGGAUAUGCUCAGAACGGUCAAUCUGAUGAGGCUCUUCAGUUAUUUGAGUCGCUACUUAAAUCACCUAUCCAGCCUGAUCACAUUAUUUUUGUUGGGGUUCUUUCUGCUUGUACUCAUGCUGGAUUAGUGGAUAAAGGGCUUGAGUAUUUCCAUUCAAUAACAGAAAAACAUGGGUUAACACAUUCCGCUGAUCAUUAUGCUUGUGUAGUUGAUCUAUUGAGCCGAUCUGGCCGGUUAAAAGAAGCUGAAAAUGUCAUUGAUAAAAUGCCUGUGAAACCGGAUAAGUUUUUGUGGGCUUCCUUACUCGGUGGCUGUAGAAUUCAUGGAAACCUUGAGCUGGCAAAACGAGCAGCCGAAGCAUUAUUUGAGAUAGAGCCUGAGAAUGCUGCAACAUAUAUUACAAUGGCCAACAUCUAUGCUAAAACUGGUUUGUGGAGUGAAGUGGCAAAGAUCAGAAAGACUAUGGAUGAUAGAGGAGUGGUGAAGAAACCAGGUUUUAGUUGGAUUGAGAUCAAGAGAAAGGCCCAUGUGUUCUUAGUAGGAGAUACCUCCCACCCUAAAUCCAAGGAAAUACAUGACUUUCUGGGGAAGCUUUCAAAGAGGAUGAAAGAAGAAGGAUAUGUCCCCGACACAAAUUUUGUGCUGCAUGAUGUGGAGGAUGAGCAGAAGGAGCAAGAUCUUUCCUACCACAGUGAAAAGCUUGCAGUUGCAUUUGGAAUUAUUUCUACUCCACCAGGAACUCCUAUUAAGGUCUUCAAGAAUUUAAGAACUUGUGUAGACUGCCAUACUGUAAUGAAAUUUAUCUCAAAGAUUGUUGAGAGAAGAAUAGUGGUUCGAGAUUUAAAUAGGUUCCAUUGUUUUGAGGAAGGAAGCUGUUCAUGUGGAGACUACUGGUGAUUCAUUCAGAGUAUUUUGAAGGAUUGAGCUGAUCUUCUCCAUGAUCUGGCACUAAACUGAGUGGAAAUUUACAUCACCUCUCAAACUUCAGCUCGAACUCACUGAAGCGAUGGACCAGGUUUGGGGUAGAAUAAUGACUUACUGUCUCACAGGCUGGUUCCAUGUUGAGAUUCAUCAUAGAAGAGAGGAGUUGACAGUACGUUGAGAGAUUCUAAGGGCUUGGUUUUUGGAAAUGAUCAAGAAUACCGGAUUAAAAUAUGCAGAGACCUGCUUCAGAGGCACCAUGCAAUUCAAUCUUGGUUAUUAUUAACAGUCGUUCCAAGCGAUUGAGAAGCGCAUUUUCCCUUCGUUUCCCAUUUUGAUUAUGGAAUUAAACUGAUUCUUUGCUAUGGAUAUGCUCAAAGUCAGUAUAAAAUUUAAUCUUGUUUGUAAAUUAUACUUGAGCAUCCAAGUGUGCUUUGAGCCUCAUGACAACAAUUUCCAUUGUUGAUCUUGUAAGUUAAUGGAUAAGCAUAAGAUUUUUGUAUGGAUAAUUGGAUGGCUAAAUUUGCCCUUGUUUU